GGUGUUUCUUCUUCCGUUUCUGGGGUUGUACAUCAUCUCCAGCUCGAAAGCCCGACUCGGCGCAUCCAUGGGACUAUGCGAGUGGUGUCCUGGAUUGUGCUCUCCUGGCUUCAACUGCUGCCCGCGGAAGAUUGCUUAGAGGAGGAAGCAGUGCCAUGGUCGAGGCGGAGGAAUGUGACCCUGGACGGUGUGUCGAUGCCAUUGGGCAUCGUGAUCGGCAACUGGGGUUCUGCCAAGUUGGUGUCCAAUGUCUAUCGGAUCAUCGUGUCUGAGGUCUUGGGCUUGCACGUCGACCAGACCUAUAUCAGCUCCAGCCGUGAACAAAUCCUUGAAUUGGUAGGCUGCGAUGGUGACCCUGCAGUUGACAGUACCACUCAGUGUGGUCUGAACACGCGAUGGCACGUGACGGUGGAGAAUUGGUUGGAGAACCUUCCAUCGUCGGGCCUGCAGACACAUCUGGGCAGCUGGCUGGACAGCUUGGCGGAGCUGGGAAGCCAGACCUAUGUCGGGAAAGAAGGGAUGUACCUGCUAGCUGCGCAUGGCCGGGGCUUGGAACAAGGGCUCGCACUGGAGUACUAUCGUUCCUACAACAGGUCUUGGCAUCAACCAGAACUCUACCUGCCGCUGGUGAGAGAUGUGAACCACUCUCGGCUGGAUUUCUGCAACAACAGCUUCACGAGAUACCCGGACGCCGUGAAGACGUAUUUGAGCAUCACCAACGAUCUGGAGGGUACGGAGCAGGUGGGUGAUCAGGUGCAUUGGAAGUGCUACAAGGACAGCUGGUGGGUGGCUCCUGCCUGCCGCACCGAUCCUGAAGAAUGCAUAGCAAUCAUCAGCAAACGCGGCUGGGGAAUUAUCUACUUCCCGCAAAAGGCCUUCUUCUUUGGCAUGGGCGUUGCACUGACCAAUGGGCUGCAGGUCCAUGUGGACGAGUGGAUUCACUUGAACCAUGAGCUGCAAGGCCUUCUGUAUUGGUGGUCGCCGGACAGCUCCUUCAUCCGAGAUCCUCACUUCCAUGUGCAGUUCCCACCCCACAGCCCCGCCGAAUAUCGUGCCGGCACCUACCGGACCAUGCAGAAAGAGUCCUCUCUUUCGAAGUUCGCGCUGAGCAAGAUCGAGACUGAAGCUUUAGAGGUUCUGAGGCAGCUGGAACUUGAUACAGAAGAGAUGAACGACCUCUUGGAACAACAUGCGAACUGCGAGGAGGAGCCGUCCUGUGUCCAACCGCUGGAGAAUGUGACCUGCGAGUGGCUCCGCAGCCACCGGGAGCGCUGGAUGGCCUGGCUUCCGAAGCUCAAGAUCUGUGCUGCUGGUACUGGCGUCCAGUUUGAGAACGGCUCCUGGAUGGACUGUGCCAUCUCCCGAGCCCACCACUGCGGAGAAGCGCGCUGCGUGCUGUGUGCUCCGGGAACGUGGAGCGAGUCAUGGGAGGGCACCUUUGUGUGCAAAGCUUGUCCGGCAGGCAAAGUCAACCAGUUCCACGGCCAGACGGAAUGUGUGCCUUGUGAGGCAGGCCACUUUGCAGCGAAGGAGGGCUUGACCGAAUGCAAAGCCUGUGACUUGGGCUACUAUGCCAAUUCCACUGGUAUGUCUGAGUGCUUCGCUUGCAGUGACGAUCCGAAUCAGACGAACUUCUUCACCACACGGAAGGAGGUGGAGCAGGGCGCCAACAACUCGAAGAGGAUCCAAUUCCAGGGAGCACCAUCCGAGGACUUUUGCUCUUGCAGGGAAGGCUAUCACUUGUCCGAGAUGAACAGAUGUGAGAAGUGCUCGGAAGGUGCCAGCUGUACUGGGAGGGGCGAGGUGACCGUGGCACCAGGCUUUUGGUCCUCGCAGUCGGAGCCCAACAGCGUCUUCCGCUGCUAUGGCAAUCCCCAUGCAUGUCCUGGUGGUCGUCCUGGAACCUGUGCCUCGGGGCGUUUCCAUAUCCGCUGUGGUCGCUGUCUACAAGGUACAAGGCAAGUGGGAUUUGACCACCCGGACUCGGGCGCUUGCAUGGAAUGCUCCGGCGGAGACUAUGCGCUUUUGCUGGUGCCCAUUCUGGCCUUGGUGCUGUGUGCCGUGAUCGCCUAUGCGAUGGUGAACGUGAAAUGCUCCAGUGAUGAACCUCGGAGUCUGGUGGUGGCUUCAGUAUGCAUGAGUGGCCUGAUGAGCACUGUGGCUUCGCUGAUCGCAGAUAACUUGACCUUUCCCCUGACGGCUUUGCAUUUGGACUCUCUUUUCUUCAGCUUUCAAUGCGCUUCGAACCACAAUCCUGUGCAAGUCUUCAUCCUGAGUGGCUAUCGCUUGACCUUUGGGCUGGCGCUCUUGAUCCCGUUGGUCCAUGGUCUUUGGUGUGCCUGGCGCGGCCUGAACUUCUUCACAUGUCAUAUGCUGACGAACGUGGUGGGUAACUGCAUGCUCGCCUUUAGCACCAACCAGAUGCACAAUCUGCUGACGCCCUUUGUGUGCAAGCAUCAUCCAAAUCGUCUCUACACCGUCAGUGGCUACACAGAGAUCCUUUGCGAUGGCAAUGAAGCCCACAUGCAGAUGGUCGUUUUUGGUCUCUUGGGGAUGCCACUACCACUGGGCUUCGUGGCCCUUUGUCUGUGGCUGCUCUUCUCGGAGCUUCCCAAACGGAUGCUUCGUGGAGACAUCAGGUUUGUUCGUCGCUGCCACUUCUUGGUCGGGAACUUCCGCCCUGGAGCUGAAGUCUCUGUUGCCAUUUUCAUUGCUCGUGGAGCCUUGUCUUGCUUCGUCGACUUGGUCCCCACCGUCGCGGGCAAGGUGUUGUGCAUGAAUCUCUUGCUCCUCGUGAGCCUUUUGCUCACCGCCAUUGGCAAGCCUUGGCGCUCUUCCUUGUGCAAUGCCUUGGAUCUGACACUGUUGGUGGGUGUCUUGAAUGUACUGGACCUGGGCUCCUAUCUCAUUCCCGAAUUGGACGUCCAAACUAUGGCGAACAUUUGCAUGGUGACAGCCACGUUGAUGGUUAUGGCCACGUUGAGCACUGUCAUCGGCUGCAUCAUCAGGUAUGCGAUUCUACAAACGCGGAAGCAGUACAGGUUCUACAUUUCCUCUUACACAGCUGCCACGGGCAGCUACGCGCGGAUGCUGAAGAUGGAGUUCGAACACUCAGGUCUCAGGGCCUUCUUGGACGCCGAUGCAGCCAAAAUGCCCUCGCUGCAGGAACGGCUCUCUAUUCUGAGCAACUGUACCGAGACCGUGAUCUUCCUGGGUACGAGAGAAGCCUUCUGUCAAAUGACCUGCAUCGGUGAGAUGGUCACCGCACACGUCCACGAUCUCCACUCAGUGCUUUUGACCUUCCCCAGCUUCGUGGAGCCCUGGGAGAUCUUCCACGAUCUCCAAAAGAUCAUCCCUGACAUCAUGGACCUGGUCUCGCUGCGGAUUGGCUUGCAGGAGAUUCAAGAUGCCUUCCGCUGGGUCGUUGGGUUGGAGAGCUUUGCGAUCUCGAGCACCAUGACAAAGCAGUGCCUCCCGCAGGUGGUGGCCUUCUUGGAGGGGCACAAGGAGAAGUGUCGACUGGACCUUGACAAGGCGGACAAGCCGCAUGCUGACUGUCUGAUUUUGGCCGACUUGGACAACUUGGAAGCUGCCGCCACGGCGAUGAUUCUGCAAGGCUUCAUCGCUCCCUUGCUACAAGGGUGGACCUGCGAAGUGGUGGAAGUUUUGAUGGACACAUCCGUGCCAGCAGAUGUCAUCUUCGUUUUAUUAGUGUGCAGCGAUGGAUGCUUUGAGACGCCACGCUUCGCGCACUGGCUUCUGCAGUUGCGCUCUUCCAACAAUGCACAGGUCUUCAUGCUGCCGAUCAUCGCGGAGCCGGGCUUCCGAUUUCCCUCUUUGACCUUUCACAUGGAGCUCUUGAAGCUUCCUUCGCUGGAGACUUUCGACUUGGCGAGCUAUGCACAGAUUAUCCGAGCCCUUUUUUGCGAGCUCUGGUUCUUCGUGGCGUUUUGCCCACAAAGCUCCGGGAAGAAGGAACUCUACCUUCGCUCCGAACAGGCACACGCGCUCCUGCAAGCUGCUCGGCCGCUGGCCGAACGCUUAGCGGCGGUGGAAGCGGAAGUGGAGGUACAAGAUCAAGAUGAAGACACGCGGCAGGCCGUGGCCGAAAUGUCCCGGGAGGGUACGGUGACGUCGGUCACCUCACAGACCUUGCCAACGAUACCCUCCAAUCCCAACCUGGAGUACAUGGCUGAGAUCUAUCAGAUGUACUUCAAUCCAACGGUCCACGAAUCCUUCUGAUCCUGAUGCCCGACCUCCGAGACUGCAUGCGAGACGGAUGUGGGUUUCAGGCAGUACAGAUCGUAGAUGAUCAAUAGAUUCUUUCCGUGCCAGAAAUCCUGGAGUCAAGACCAGGACCCACUGGAGUUGGGUGGUUAAUGGACACUUUGAAUCACAUCUAAGGGGCUAUCACUAGAAGCCC